AUGAAAGUGGUAAAUACAAAUGCUCGAUUUGCUCACAGGAAUUACAAAGCCAUUCAAUAUUCAGAUACAAAUCUACGAAACCAUCUAGGUUUUAAGCAUGGAAUGUAUCAAUACUUAUUUCUAUCUCAGUUGCAACAAAGAAAUAGUAAAAAAUUUACAUCAACAAUUGCAUUAUUAGACAAACGACGUUUUGAUGCGGCAGCAAUUGAAUUCAUCGUCGAUGAUGGCCAUGCUUUGGGAAUUUUUCGACGUUCUGGUAUGCAAAAAUUUCUAGCAACAAUUAUUCCAGGUUAUGACGGUCCAUCUAGAAAGACAGUGCGCAAACAUCUGGACAAAUUAUAUCAACAUCAUCGUACUUCAUUACGAGACUCAAUGAAAAAAAUUCCAUUUAUUGCAUUAACUAUCGAUUUAUGGUUGAAUUCACGUCGUACGCACUUCUUAGCCAUUGCAGCUCAUUACUAUGAUGAACGUAUGAAACAUUCAUCAACAGUCAUCUCCUUUCGUCGUUUUCAUGGUCGUCAUUUGGCUUACCAUUUGAAUUCAUUUAUUAUUAAAGAAAUUGAAAAAUUAAAUAUUCAAACAAAAAUUGUAGCUGUUACGACCGACAGUGGUAGUGAUAUUAAAGGUGCAACAUCAUCAAAUCAAUUGGGAACAUGGUAUUCAUGUGAUACACAUAAUAUUAAUUAA